AGAUGGCGCUUUAUGACUUGGAUGCCGGAAGUGGUUAUUUUCAACACGUGUUGUAAGGGAAGCACUGACUGAGUUAGUUAUUUGUCUAGUGUCAAAUUCUACUACGGCUACAAGAAUGAAGGUCGAAGUCAAGGAAAAGAAAGAGAAGAAAAUGAAAGACAAAACCAAAAAGGAUUCAAAGAAGUCUAAGGAUAAGAGUAAGAAAAUUUCAAAGGAAGAAGAUGAAGAAAAUUGUUCACCAGAAGAGAAGGUUGAGGAUAAAGCUGCAAAAGACGAAAGUACUGUAGAAAAUGGAACAGCUACAAAUGGUCUUAAUGGAAAUCAGAAUGGCAAGGAGGAAAGUGACCCUGAACCAGAACUCACACAGGAACAGAAAGACGGAGCCUUCUCAAAUUUCAGAAUUUCACCUGGGACUGUAACAAAAUUAAAAGCAAAAGGAAUCAAUUAUCUAUUUCCGAUCCAGUCUCAGACCUUUAACUACGUGUAUGAUGGAGAAGAUGUUAUUGCACAAGCCAGAACGGGAACAGGAAAGACACUGUCCUUUGCACUUCCGUUAGUGGAGCGUCUACAGGAGAACCAUACGAAUAAAAGAGGUAGACCACCAAAAGUUCUGGUGAUGGCACCAACCAGGGAACUAGCCAAACAGGUGUGUAACGAUUUUGAAUCCGUCGGCGACAAAAUCUCGACUUUCUGCAUCUAUGGUGGUACUCCUUAUUAUCCUCAAGAAAAUGCUAUCAGAUCUGGCCUAGAUGUAUUGGUGGGCACUCCUGGCCGUAUCCUCGAUCACGUAGAGAAAGGGAACUUGGAUUUCUCUACCCUUGAGUAUGUGGUCCUGGAUGAAGUGGACAUGAUGCUAGAUAUGGGCUUUGCAGACAGCGUUGACAAGAUCAUAAACUCUGCCUACGUCAACAAAGAUGCUAGUUCCAAGCCACAGACCCUACUCUUCACAGCAACACUGCCCCCCUGGGUGUAUGAGACGGCCAAGAAGUACAUGGAUGUAAAUAACAUAAAGAAAGUGAAUCUGGUGGGAACACAGGAGAGUCGUACCUCCACCACAGUAGAGCAUAUGGCUAUCAAAUGUAGCUACCAUGACAGAGCAGGCACCAUUGGGAAUGUGGUUUCCGUGUACAGCGGCGAGCAUGGACGUGCCAUGAUCUUCUGUCAGACCAAACGUGACGCAGAUGAACUCGCUGUCAGUCCACUCAUCAAGCAAGAUGGACAUGUUCUUCAUGGAGACAUUCCUCAGGCAAAACGAGAGUCUGUGCUUAAGAUGUUCAAGGAAAGCAAAUAUAAAGUACUCAUUACAACAGAUGUGGCCGCUCGCGGCCUGGACGUGCCCGAGGUGGACCUUGUAAUUCAGUGUAAUCCCCCAAAGGACGUUGACUCCUACAUCCACAGAUCGGGCAGGACAGGACGUGCUGGGCGCUCGGGAGUCUGUGUUUGCUUUUACAAACCUCAGGAGGAACACGAUUUAGCCUGGGUAGAAACCAAAGCGAGGAUCAAGUUUAAGAAGGUUGGAGGUCCAACAACAGCAGAUGUUAUCAAAGCUUCCGCAGGUGACGCAGCAAAGUCCCUAGCUAUGGUGACAGACGAAACUCUGCAAUAUUUCCGAGAGUCAGCUGAAAAUCUGAUCGCUGAACGAGGUGCUGUGGAAGCUUUAUCAGCAGCCCUAGCCGUGAUGUCUGGUAGUAAAAGCAUUGUACCUCGCUCCCUCCUCUUAAAUAAAGAGGGCUACACAACAUAUAUAUACAAGAGCAACAUGGAAAUGCGUGGCAUGACCUAUGCAUGGAGAGCUCUGGAACGUCAACUACAGGAGGAAACAAAAGAAAAAAUCAAGGGCAUGAGGUUCUGCAAGGAUCACACGUCUGUUGUGUUUGACAUGCCCCAAGAUUGUGACGAUUAUAUUGCCUCCACAUGGGUGGACACAGACCGCGAUUCUCUCACAAAAGCCACAGAACUUCCAGAAAUGGACGAACCAACAUACAGCACUAGUUUUGGACGAGGAGGGGGUAGAGGAGGUGGACGAGGUAGAGGUUUUGGGGGCCGAGGAUUUGGGGGCAGGGGGCGAGAUCAAGGCAGAGGAAGCCCAGGGGGGAGGGGCGGUGGUGGAGGAGGAUUCCGAGGGGGAUUCAACAAAAGAAGGAUAGACGUUGAUGGUGCGCCACAAAACAAGAAAAUGAAAUUUGAUUAAUGACCAAUGAUUAUUAAGAAUUAAUUUAACCAUGAAGAUUAUUAACUUUGAAAUUUAAACACAUUAAAAUUAUUUUAAAUGAAAGGUAUUUUGAAUCUGCCUUGCAAUUUCUGUUGUCAUAUUUAUCUUUGCUUUAUUAAAGAUAUUGUUGUCAAGA